AUGUAUAGCGAGAUUCGCGUUUUUAUUUUCCUAAAAAAUGAAUUUCAGCUCAUCAGCGAUCCUAAGAAUGCCACUGAACAGGGAUAUGAAAAGGGUAAGAAGAAUAGACGUCGGAGUCAUUUAAGACUGAAUGAAACAUUCGAUUAUGUCGAGGAUGACGAAGAUCCUACGCAACUUAAUAAUACAAUCACUCCACAAGGGAAUAGUGCGUCACUCGUUGAUGCUUGCCAUCGCAAAAGCAGUCGUCAGUCAAAAGAUCGACAUUCUGGCGGAGAUGGUGUCGAAUCUCCAUGCUCAGAAACAGUCCGUGGACAGACUCCUCGUAGUUCCAGGAAAGCUCGCCGUUCCAGCACUAUACACCACUCAGAUUUUAUCACUGAUGGUGAACCUGAAGCAAGUUCACAAGAUUUGGACAUCUGUUCGGAGUGCUUGGAAAAAGAGAACAUGCUACUUUCCGCUCGAAAGGCUGAUACAGAAAUAGAACAUGCUGAAAACUGUCCGGCUAAUCCGCAUAAUCAUGUUAGAAGCAAAAUAUUGACAGCGAACAAUACUUGUGACGCAAGCACCAUGACUCUAACUCUGCAACGUCCCAAACAAUCCAAAAAGUCUAACUCUUCUACGCCCAAGCAAUCAAAAAUCCCUGUAUCGACGACUCCAACUUCAGUGUGCAGAGGACACGGCAGUUUCACAGCUUCGACAAUCUCCUCGGCUAUAAAGAGUGCCACACAGAAGUCUAAAAUUCCGUCUCGUAAGAAAUCCACAAGGACUAUAGUUGAAGGUCUUCCAUCGUCAUCGCGCUCUAUCAAGAAGAAUAAAGGGAACGGCAAGUCGAAAAAUAUUGGUUUUGUUUCCCCAGCACAAAACUUUGCACGUCAACAUGCGCGCAUGUUUGCAAAAAUGGAAACCAUCGGUGAUAUGCACGAAAGAAUCGCGCGCCGACAUGAGGAAGUUAUGCAAGCCGUACCAAAUGUGAUCAAGCGUCUUGCUACGCCGAAAUCGGUUCACAGAGACAGUGCACGAACACGUGAUACACUCACGAAGAAGCCUGGUUAUAUGUUCGACGCUUCAAAAGCCAAAGUAUCUGUGACUGAGAACUCCUUCAGAUUUGGAAAAGUUGACGACUUUCCUGCAGCGCACAAGCAGGGCACUUCGGGCACAGUUGUCAAUUCAUUCACUCUGAAAACAGCUAAACCGCAAGAUCGUAGAGAUGUGAAGUCACGAACUAAAGAUAACAGCAAACAAAGGACUGCCAAGCGAUUGAUUUCUGUUACGGUGCCAACAGACAAGGAAUCUAUUAACGUACUAGCUACACCAAAAGGAUUGACUCCCAGUAGACCUCGAGGAAAAGUAUCAUAUACGCCUCAUCGUGGUGUCGUAACCUUCAUUGACACCACCAAACUCUCUGAUCGUGAAUUUGAACUCGCGGUCGCUAACGGAUUGAUCAAGGGGAGAAGUGGGAGGUCGUCGAUGCGCUUGGAAGCGAGCCGCAAAGCCAGCAGGGACGAUAUUCUGGAUGUUAAAAGAAAGCUCAACAUUGUUCAAUGA